AUGUCUUCAACGGCAACAACGCAACGCUCUGGCUCCCCUAGAGAGACUUCCAGUUCCCCUAUGCAGUACCAUCCUGUACCAUCAUCUCAGAACGAUGGCUCGUCUUCCUCUGUGGCCAUUAUCUCCUCCGAACCCAAGUCCGAUAGCCCAGCAGGACCAGGACAGCCAGAUGAAUCUCCACAAGGAUACCCGCUCAGGAGAUUCUAUCUGAGGUCUGUGUUAUUGGUGCUCGUGCCACCAGCGAUCACUGCUUACUUUUGCGUGAUUGAAUGGGCUGUUAUAACGAGAAAUGCAGAGUCAAAUCAAUAUGGUCACCGCACUGCUCUAUGGGUUUACUACUCGUGGUUCAUUAUUGGUGUCUUCGGCUUGGGUAUCUCCAAAUUUGGACUCGCUGGCGUAGAGGCAGUUAUGCUUCAGGACCGCCAUUGGCAGGUCAAUGAUGCUAUGGUUCUUCUAAUGCAUAGUGGACAGUCUUGGUCUGGCUUCUCGGGAUGGACGGAGUGUUUGCAAAUGUCAAUUACGCAGAAGAGAAGUGUGCCGCAACGGUUAUGGUACUUGCUUGCCUUCAUAAGUUUGAUGAUAACAAUUGCACUGCCGAUUUCUGGUCUUAGCAUGGAACUGUUUGAUGGAUUUGUUCAUACAAACGAACGUGCAACAGUAAUCGGACAUACUAAGGAUAGCUUCAAUGAGAGAAAUCCAGAUCAAGUAUCCAGGCGUGGUCGUCUCAUGUUGCAAGCAAGUACCCCUCCUGUAAUCCCAGGUGCAGGAGUAGUCUACACACCACAAUACCUGGAUCGCAGCCAAUACGGCUAUCUGGAGUCUUUUCCAAACUCUCUUCCACUUGAUGAACAGGCUCCGGAGCUUUUUCUCGCACCGCAGGGUGAAUACCCAGUUGCUGGAAGUACAUGGGGACUCCGGUUGGGAUACAACUGUUCUGUGGUCACGUCUGAAUCCGAAUUCACGGUCGUGGGACGUAAGCCCGAGUUAAAUUCAGAGGGGAAAGUACUUUCAUAUACCCUGGGGCUAAGUUCACAAACCUUCAACCUGCUUGCGUACAUGGAAGUCGGCGUAAGAAAGGUCACAUCCUAUGCAACCGACCAGGGUCAAAAGGAGAGAUUCUCCCACGACGAAAAGCUCAACGAUGUCGAUAUCUUCGAAUACGCUAUGUGGCAGAUUCGUACGAAGGCUACUUACGAAAACGAACGUCCAGUCAAUUUUAAUAAUACAAUCGCUUCGCCCAUUUCCGGCCUGGGAGGUCCACUGAUCAAAUCGGACAACGGCUCCUAUCAAGUCAACACUACCUUCUUCGAAGAAGGCCAAGAUCGAUUGUUUAACCAAAGGAGGUAUUUCAACCUAACAACAGAUCAGUUGCUCGAUAUCAUCGAACCUGCUCCCCCCAUCGGGGUCCGCUGCCGCUUUGUUUCCCAACCAGGCGUCGCCACGCUUGACCCAUACCAUUCGACAUUCCACUCCUUCAUCCACACACUCCCCAAACCUCUCGAUCACAAAGGAUCCGAAUACCAUGCUGACCCCUUCGGGAGUACCAUUUCUGAUAUGCUCUUUACCGCCACCUACGGCGCCGCCUCAGUGAAAUACGAAGCAUACGAGCAGCUAUUCCAAUCCACAAACUCGCCCCCACCGGAAGCAUAUUCCAACGCCUCCCGCUACCUAGGCUUCCUCCAGCCGCACAUAGUACUCCAGGCGAUCAUGCGCGCAUUUGGUACGGAAGCUCUACAGCUGAUGUAUGAUGGCAUUCAGGGGUUUGAGCAGGCGUACGAACAUGAGAGUCUAACCGCUUCGAAGCCCGGAAAGAUUCUUGGACCUGGCUCCGUGCCGGGUGUUUUCUCCAUUGUGCUUUUCUAUAUUUGGUCAAUUAGCUGUGUUGUGCUUGGUGUCGUAUAUGGCUUCAGGCGCCGUUGGGCAGAAACAUUGGAUGGAUAUAGUUUCUUCCGGUUUGGGGCGGACCGGGUGGAAGAUAUUAAAGGACGGCCGGACCUCGUUGGCUGUAAUAAGGAGUUGGAUCAAAGUGAGGGGUUGAGGGAGAUCCCUGGGUUGAUCGGCGAUAUGCGCGUGGGACAGCCGAUUGGACAUAUUGGAUUAGUGGCAAGGAAGAAUGUGGCAGACAGAAGUAAACUGUAUAUGUGA